UCAUGUGGCCAUGUCAAUGUGACCUGUUAUCUGUUCAUGCAGCUAGAACUGACCAUCUGCCAUUUUUUGUCCUUUCAGGUCAGUGUAGUUCUUUACAUUCUUCCAGCCUACGCAAGCAAGACUUCUGGAGGAGAACCACACUGUUUGCAGUUUCCUCAGGCUCCUCAUCACCUUCCAGGCCUGGCAGUGUUCACUUGGAAGGGAUCCCACCACAUCCUUCCAAAAGGAUGAGAGAACACAGAGGUGACAUACUGCAGGAGCACAGGUUGGCCAAUCAGUCAAGGGCCAGGCUGAGAGUGACUGGAAAUGGCAGAAUAGUUCAUUCUUCAUCUGUAUUUAGAAAUGGAACAGAUGUGGUUUACAAAUACCAUGGGAUGGUAUCACUCAAAACAGAGGAUGGCACCUCAUCAGCUAAAGCAAACAAGAAAGCUGAAGUGUCAGUAAUUAACCAAGCACAAUCACAGAUAAAUGCCGUUUCCACUAGGAAGACAGAAAUCCCACAAGCUGAUAAGGCAGAACUGGCAUCUGAUCCAAGCUCAAGACGUCAGGACAUUCACUCCUUUUCAAGGGCCUGUACAUCAGAUCUGAAGGGGCUCAUGCAUUAUGAAGAAAGCACUCAAAAGUUAUUUCAGUGUGAUGGGAUAGAAUGGAAAUUUUGGAGUUCCCAAAGCAAGGAGGCAAGUAUGAAAAAAUGUCCUUCUGGAUGGCGUCAUCAUGAUGGCUGCUGCUAUUUCCUGGUAGUGAAUCAAAAGGUCAGCUGGGAUACUGCUGCUCAGGCCUGCAGAGAACAGUAAGAGACUUUUUCAAACAUGUU